AUCACGCGGGGCCGAGCCGCCGCCGCCCGGAGCUGCCCCUCGGAACAAAAACCAGCUUUCAGGGCAAAGCCGCAGCUCCGGCUUUUCCCACGGCGGGAUCACGAGUGCCUGCCCGCCCCGGGAGGAGGGAGGAGGGAGCGGAGCGGGGGGCGAUGCAGCCCCUGCCUGGCAUUGCUGACGUGCCAGGGGCCGGGCUGCGCUCGCAGGGAGCCGCUCACAGACUGGCAGGGCUGCGGCUCCAGCAGCCAGCGCCGCUCCCGCCGCAGCCUCCUCCCUCCUUCCCUCCCUCCGUGCUGCUCCGUGCCGCCUCCUGCUCCUCCGGCUCAGCCCCGGCUCAGCCCCGGCUCAGCCCCGGCACAGCCCCGGCUCAGCCCCGGCACCGGGCGAGCGGAGGCAGGGAUGGCCGGGAUCGCCGCCCGGCUGCUCGGGGCGCUGUGCCUCGCUGCCUGCCUGCCCCCGGCGCUCGGCAGGGACGCCGGAGCGCAGUGGACCCUGGAGAAGUAUUCUCACCAAGCAAGAAUUUUAGGUUCUGAUGCUAUUCAAAAAGUUGUGGCCAACACGGAUAUUUCUGAAAUGUGGGAGAAUGAUUUGCGCCCUAUCCUGAUAGAAAGAUACCCAGGAUCACAAGGAAAUUACAUCGUGAGACAGCAUAUCAAGCACCGUCUUCAAACCUUAAAGGCUGGUUGGGAAAUUGAAGAAGAUACAUUUCAGAGAUACACACCAUAUGGCUAUAAAACAUUUUCAAAUAUUAUUGGCACUCUUGACCCCUCUGCAAAACGCCAUCUCGUACUUGCUUGCCACUACGACUCAAAAUUCUUUGGACAGCAAUGGCAGGGCAGAGUGUUUGUGGGAGCAACUGAUUCAGCUGUGCCUUGUGCUAUGAUGUUGGAGCUGGCACGGGCCCUGGACAACAAGCUUCAGUUAAUCAAGGGCAGCUCGACAUCAAGCCCAGACCUUUCACUUCAGCUCAUUUUCUUUGAUGGUGAAGAAGCCUUUGUUCGGUGGUCCCCUUCCGAUUCCCUCUACGGAUCCCAACACUUGGCUCAAAAAAUGGCAUCGACUCCACACCCACCUGGUUCAACAACCACAAACCAGCUGCAGGGCAUAGACCUGUUUGUACUACUGGAUUUAAUUGGUGCACCAAACCCAAUCUUUCCCAAUUAUUUUCAAAACACUCUUCGAUGGUUUCAGAGGCUUCAAGCAAUUGAGAAAAAGCUACACAACAUGAAUCUGCUGAAGAAUCACCGUGCUGAAAUUCAGUAUUUCCAGAGUACUUUACAUCGAGGCUUGGUUGAAGAUGAUCAUGUUCCAUUUUUAUUAAGAGGGGUUCCAGUCCUGCAUCUGAUUCCAUCCCCUUUUCCUGCAGUAUGGCAUACCAUGAAGGACACAGAAGAAAACCUUGACAAAGCCACUAUUGACAAUCUCAACAAAAUCAUGCAAGUGUUUGUACUGGAAUAUCUCAACCUGUGACAGACAAAACAUCAACAAAUUGCACUCCAUUCCAACUGUCUGCCCACCUUCACACUUGCUAUUUAACUUCAUUGGAGAGUACCAAGGUGAAGAAGAAUGUGAUAGUUCUUGCUAGACUGAUUAUUGUUUGAGCUGUUCCUGGCCCAUUGGUCCAUUAGCCAAGUAAGACACCAUUAAAUAAGAACUAGUUCAGCCUGGAAAGAAUUUUAUCUUUCCAUGUUUUAUCUCUGAAUAAAAAAAGCUCCAGUAUUUCUCCAGAUUA